AAGAAGUUGCAAAAAUAGAGCCUGAAAGUGAUGAUGAAAAAAAUAUAAUAGAUUAUUCUGCUUCUAAUAUUAAAAACAAAAAUAAAAAAGAAUUCAAAUAUAUUGAUAAUCUUGAUAAUAGCUUUG